UUGCUGUCUCAGAAGUGAAGCAAUCAAGUGGCGAUGGAAUCCCAUGGUGACCUGGAGCGCCGCGACUCCAUCAGUAACCUGAUAGAGCGACUGACUGCGGAGCUCGGACCGGACGGCUCCAGCGACGGCCAGUACUCGCCGUUUGGCUCUGCGAGCACCGGCGCGGCGGCGGCCUGGCAGCCGGCGGCGCCCUCACCGCACCCGCUGUACGGCGGCGACCGGCACCAGCUGCACUUUGGCGGCCCGCCGCCGUCGCCGCCCUACCAGGCCGACCCGGUGGUGGCCGGAGCGGCGGCACCGGACGGUGAGCUGGGCACGGCGCACCUCAGCGACAACCUGGCGGCGCACCUGGCCGGCUUCGACACGCCGCUGUUCGACCCGCUCCAGCCGCCGCCGCCGCCGCCGCCCGGCUCCUUUCUGAGCAGCUGGCUUGGCGGGUGGCUGGGGUACUCGGCCCCGGCGCCGCCAGUCGAGCUCACCCCUCCACCCGUGCCGCACCACCCGCCGGAGCGCUGCUCCCCUGCCAGAACCGCCGAGCCGCCGCCCGCACCGCACUCAGCCGACCCGGCGGCCGCCCCGGUAGUGGCAUCGAUCACCCCGCCGGCCCGACAGAGUCCAUCGCCGGCUCACCCGAUCCCGCCGCCGGCCCACCAGGGUGUCCCUUCCUCUCACCAGAAUCCGUCGCCGACUCACCAUAGUCCCUCGCCGACUCACAGGAGCUCACCUCUGGCGCAUCAGAAUCCAUCAGCUCACCAGAGUCCUCCAGCUCAUCAGAACCCUCCAACCACUCACCAGACGCCGCCGUCACCCCAAAACUCACCAUCGGUCCAGCAGAAUCCAUCACCAGCCCCGGCUUCGGCAGCCCCUCCAUCGCGGCCCAGCUACUCGGCAGUCCUCGCCAAGCCAGCGCCGGCGACGGGACCUGCGCCGAAACCGGUGGACUCUGCCGCUCGACAAACAACGAGUCGUGGUGACGCUGAUACUCCCGGUGGGGGAGGCGGAGGGGGUGGAAGGAGAGGUGGGCGAGGUCGGAGGAGACGCGUCUCAGAGGCUGAGAGUAAGACUACCAAAGAGGAGACGACCCCACAGCCAGCGGUCAGCGAUGGGGAGCCGACGCCGCCGGGUCAGGUCGAGCAGGAGCGGGAUAAUGAGCAGAAGAAGGCCAAGAGCAAGAAACUUACACGAACAGUAUCCGCCGGAGAGGUGCCCGGCUCUGCCUCUGGCCGGCGGUCCGAGACACUCAACAACAACCCAGACCGGGCGCAGCCGACCGUCCAGCGCCGGCCGCUCAACUACAACAACAACCUGGGCGCCUCAUCCACGCUGGGGCCAGCACAGACCCACGUGCACACGCCGCCCGCUGCGGCGACUUCCUCCGACGGAGACACCGCCAAAAAGGUGGACGUCAACGUCGGAAAACAAAAGAACUGCGGCAAAACGUCCAACGAGACCAAGAAAGUCGACAUCACGCUCAACAAGCCGGACAACAAGACACUAUCCCAGUCGCGGGGGCCGCCUCCCGUUAACCUGCUGAGUGCCGGCGGCGGGGCCAAGUCAGAGCGCGUGGCCAAGGAGCUGGCGUUCCGUGGCCGCGGGUCGGGCCGGUCGGGGGGCCGCGGCCGGCGCGCCGCCGACGACUCGGGCGCCGGCGGCCGCGGCGGGCAGCUACUGCGCAAGGUGCGCGCGCAGCUGGCGCCGGGCGCGGCGCUGCUGGCCGCGCUGGUCUCCUGGCUGCUGCACCUGGUACUGGACGUGGCCGCCAUGUCUGCCGACCUGCUGUGGACGGCCGUGCGCAGCGGCGCCCUCUCUGGUCGGCAGUGGGCGGCGCACUGGGCGGCGGCCGGCCGCGCGGCGCUGUCGGCGCGCCUGGCCGCCGUCCGAGCCUGGCUGGCCCGGCCCGGGAAGGGCGCCGCCUCCUCCGGGCCCCAGCAGGGCCUCCAGGCGAAUAUCGCGCUGCCGGCCACCGGGGACGAGGCAAUGACCAGACUGCUCGCCUGCAAGGACUCCGACCCGUACAGCAUCCUGGGUGUAACACACGACUGUUCGGACGCCGACAUCAAGAAGUACUAUCGGCGUCAGGCGCUGCUCGUGCACCCGGACAAGAGCCGCUCGCCGGGCGCCGACGAGGCCUUCAAGAUCCUGCAGCGUGCCUUCCAGCUGGUCGGAGAGCCGGAGAAGCGGGCAGAGUUUGAUUCUGAGGCGCGAGAAAAGCACGAGGUGAACGAGGCCUUCCGACAGUAUAUGGACGAGAUGAUGACACGCCUGCGAGAGAAGAUGGAGGAGACGCAGAACACACUCAGGUGUAACAACUGUAACCGCCGCCACCGUCGGACCAGAGUGGACCGGCCCGUGUACGCGGCUCGUAGCUGUGCCUCGUGUCAGAUCCGGCACGCAGCGAGGGAGGGCGACAUUUGGGCGGAGAGCCGGUGGCUGGGCCUGCUCUGGCGCUACUACGCCUGUAUGGACGGCGGGGUGUUCGACAUCAGCGAGUGGGCCGCCUGCCAGUCGCAGUCGCUCAAACACCUGCAGGCCAACCACCAUACGGUUCAGUACCGCAUAAUAUCGGGCGCCAAACGGCACCGGCCGCCCGCCGACGAGCCAUCAGACCGAGAUCUGGAGGAGCUGCUCAAUAACCUGUGCAGCGGCUCCAUGUCUGGUGAGCCGGGACAGCAUAGUCGGCGGCGCGGCGCCCGGCGGAGACCGCAGUAGCGCGACUCUCCGCUGCCCGUCCGCCCCCUCGGACCGCGGCGCAGCGGACUGGACGGUACGGUGUCCUUUGGUCGGCCGCUGGGUGGAUUGGGGGGGGGGGGGGGGCGGAGUGUAGUAGUGUCGCGUCAGGUGGUCGGUGUGUGUGCCUUGUCGAGGCAGCGUGUUAGUGUGGCAUAGGGAUGUGGGAAGGUUCGUCUUGGGACGUCUCCGGGUGGAAGCAGGAGAUGAUAUCGAGGAUGGGGCCUCAUGGUGGUUUGCCGAGACCCUGAAAUGGAUCCCGAACCCUCAGUGCUGAUCGGCUUGGCAUCUACAAGCAAAGCCCCAGGUUUGGCAAGUCUUGAAUAUGAAGUUGUUUUUCUCUAGCGCAAGUGCCAGACAGUAUCUCACAAUAUGCAUACUAGAAGCGGUGACCGUUAUGCAUGUGUCUAACUGCAAACUGCCAAUGGAGCAUGAUCUGAAUCGCUGCGACGCAGUAGCCUGCCUCGGCCCCCAUGGGGCCUCAAGGAGGGGGAGUCCCGGGCUCCCGAAUCGGCUUCGACAAGCCGCGCUAUCGCUGCGGCGCUCGGCGGCGACUUCCUGGCGCCCGGUAUCUCUCGCCUUCCUGACUAAACGACUGAUGUCAGACACUCACUUAUCAAUGGCGAGCUGCGCAGAACUGGGGGCUUUUUAUGACACAGGCGCUUAGCUAAAAAAGGCUUAUCUACCGGUCGUAGUGACUUGAGCCCUGAGGCAUUCGUUGAAAACUGCUCCUCAGUAUUUUGAGGUAUUGAAGAUGGAAAUGGAGAAGAGGAUGCUUCAUGAGCUGUGCCUUCUCGUUGUAUGAAGAGCGAACAGUUAAACGUGUUGCUGUUUGCUAUCGCUAUUUAACCAAACUAUCAGAUUAAUGCGCUAUUUGAAGAUAUAAGUGCUCGUGUAGGAUUUCGAGCUUCGUUCAGAAGCUGCGAUUGUUGGAGGCUUACGAAGUGGAGUUCGUGAUCUUGACCAAGCAGUGGGCGUACUCGUUAUACAUGAUAUCGUCUCUAUUGACCUGUUGCGUGUUUAAGCCGCCUAUGGGGACUGAUGUGAUAACAAUAACAUACGUGGCUGCUGGUGUCCGCGUUAUGGGGAUACGCCUGCUGUGUUCAGUGGCGCCGCUGCCUAAGCCCGUGUUUUACCCGCUGGCGACUGUGUCUGCCCGAUGGGAAGGGCAGGGCGCGGCUCAAAGGGGAGGGGGAGAGCUGUCUGUCGGUCAGGGCGGUCAGUUCAGCCGGGGACGACGGCCCACCGAUCUGAGCCCUGUGGUUGUUUGGGCUGACUCGUCGGUAGUGAUUUGACCUUCGGGCAGGGCGCGGGACAGACUACGUUAUCUGCUGUGCAGGUUCACAAAUAUAGGGUAUUCUGUGCCUGAUAUUGUCUAUCGUUUCGGAUUGCAGCCGCUUUUUGCAGUCGUACUUUACAUAGCUGUCGUGUAAUGCAAUGCCCUGGGCGUCCUUUUAUUGGGGUCUAUUGUGUUGUUUCAUUUUGCUACUUAUAACGCGUGACGCGAUGACAGCUGCUUCCAAAACUUCCAAUAGACUGGUAUGCUAAUGUGUUUGUGUACUUUGAACAGGUCGCAAGGGUGCUGUCAGCUGGGACGAGGUGUCAAUUUGUGGCCAAAUAAGUGGUGGCGUAGCGGCACCACGAUGCAACAAAUUUCAUUAGAAACUUGCAUCGAAAAUGCUUCAAUAUCGUCCUAUAUCGAUUGUUCAUGGGUCGAAGUGUCCAACUAUUAGUAUGUUGUCUAC